AUGGAAGUGAAUGGUGAACCAGAUAUAGCUGGUAUUUUCAGCGCGGCUUUAAUGCCAUUGAAAGAUAUGAAACAUGCAGAUAUUUUGGACCAGUAUGAAAUGAACAUGGCUGAUGGAAAUAUAACACCUGACGUUCUAGAACAUUUAUCUCAAAGAACUACACAGAACCAUAGAGAUGGUAUAUUUGGUGAAGAGUUUAGAAAGAAAGUUAGGGAGAUAGAAGGAAGAGAACCUAUUGUACAUGACCUUGCAAACGAAAGUUUACAAAAUGUCAUAAAAACUUACUUUGCAGACAAUGAACUGAGAAGGGAUGAAUAUUUAAGAAAACUCAAAUGGACAGUACCAAAUGAAAUGUUAGUAUUGAAAAACAUGUUCCUUGACAAAAUAAAACCAACUACAGAAAUAAAUGACGCAAGACUGAAACAUUGGGUAAAAGCUUUCCCAUUCACAAAAGAUAUUAUUGGUAACAUGGAAAGAAAACCAGAAUGGCUACAAAAACAUAUAUUUGGAAACGAGCU